AAAUUAGAACACUUGAUCCAAGGAGGUUCAGGGCCAACCACCACCACCUCCACCGCUCUCCUAUAAAACGCCGCUCUCGUCCACCACCACCACCACCACCACCGCCUGAGCUUGAUAAGCUUGACACAGAGAGAAGAAGAGAAGACUGAGAAGUCCGAGAACCGGCAUUUGCAAUUGCAGCAGAGGGCUAAGGAAUGGCAGAGGAAAAUUACGUGUACAUCGUCGGAGCUUUCUUGGCUUCUCUUCUUGGUUUUCUUUCACUCUUCGUUCUGCGCCGGAGCCGGAGAGGCCAGGGGAGUGGGUUUGAUGAGAUCCGAAAUGAUUGCGUCCGCAGCUCCAACGCCGGCGAGGCCCGGCCAGAAGGAGGACCGGUUUCCGACGUCAUCAUCGUCGGAGCUGGUGUGGCCGGCGCUGCCCUCUCUCACACCCUCGGCAAGGAAGGGAGGCGAGUUCAUGUAAUCGAAAGGGAUUUGACAGAACCAGACAGAAUCGUUGGCGAAUUGUUGCAGCCUGGAGGAUACCUGAAGCUAGUCGAAUUAGGCCUCGAGGAUUGUGUGGAGGGAAUUGAUGCCCAGAGAGUGCUUGGAUAUGCUCUUUUCAAGGAAGGGAGAAAUACUAGACUUUCCUAUCCCUUGGAGAAGUUUCACUCAGAUGUGGCUGGAAGAAGUUUCCACAAUGGACGGUUCAUACAAAGGAUGAGAGAAAAGACGGAUGCCCUUCCAAAUGUAAGAUUAGAACAAGGAACUGUGACAUCCCUGCUUGAAGAAAAUGGAACUGUCAAGGGGGUUCGAUAUAAAACCAAGACCGGUGAAGAGCUUAAGGCUUAUGCUCCUCUUACAAUUGUGUGUGACGGAUGCUUCUCAAAUUUGCGCCGUUCUCUUUGCAAGCCUAAGGUGGAUGUGCCCUCUUGCUUCGUUGGCCUGAUCUUGGAGAACCGGGAGCUCCCAUUUCCAAAUCAUGGGCAUGUUAUUCUAGCAGAUCCCUCGCCCAUUUUAUUUUAUCCAAUAAGUAGUACAGAGGUUCGUUGCUUGGUUGAUGUGCCUGGUCAGAAGAUCCCUUCAGUUGCUAAUGGUGAAUUGGCAAACUAUUUAAAGACCAUGGUGGCUCCCCAGAUCCCACCUGAGUUGCACGAUGCUUUUAUAGCUGCCAUCGAUAAGGGAAAUAUCAGGACAAUGCCCAAUAGAAGUAUGCCGGCAGCUCCCUACCCUACUCCUGGAGCAUUGUUAAUGGGUGAUGCUUUCAACAUGCGCCAUCCUUUAACUGGUGGAGGAAUGACUGUGGCUCUCUCCGAUGUUGUUGUCUUACGGGAUCUGCUUAAGCCUCUACAUGACCUGAAUGAUUCGGCUUCACUGUGCCGAUAUCUUGAAUCCUUUUAUACCUUACGGAAGCCUGUGGCAUCCACCAUAAACACUUUGGCCGGAGCCCUCUAUAAGGUGUUUUGUGCUUCUCCAGAUCAAGCAAGGAAGGAAAUGCGACAAGCAUGCUUUGAUUACUUGAGCCUUGGAGGUGUAUACUCGGCAGGUCCUGUGGGUCUACUCUCUGGUCUAAACCCGCGUCCACUGAGCUUGGUGCUCCAUUUCUUCGCGGUGGCUGUAUAUGGUGUAGGCCGUCUCUUAGUACCCUUCCCAUCGCCUAAACGUCUGUGGAUUGGAGCUAGAUUAAUUUCAGCCGCAUCUGGGAUCAUAUUCCCGAUCAUAAAGGCUGAAGGAGUCAGGCAAAUGUUCUUCCCGGCGACCGUGCCGGCAUAUUACAGAGCUCCACCUGUUAAAUGAAGUGCCAAAUUCAGCUCUACGAUAUGGAGAUUGGUUUGGGUUGAAAGAGAAGUAGCUUUUACCUUCAGCUGCCUUGUUCACUGACUCUGAAGUGUACAACUUGCUUGCAGGAUUCUGCUGAGAAGAAGGCAUGUUAGCAUUGUUUAUUUUUCAUUUAAAAUAGUUCAAUAUGUAUUCCAUUAUUCAAUUUUUUGUUUUGUUUUUACUAUAUAUCAGGGUUAAAUUGGUAUCAAUAAAGAUACCCACAAUAAACCUUGUCUAAUCCUUGUCUUGCCUGUUAGCUAGGCUUUGCAAGCUCAGUUUGACACUCUAUUACUCAUGUUGCAUGCAGGAGUCGUUUAAAUCAUUGUGAGUAAUCUUUAAUGGACCAUGGUGAUAACAUCUUUAGCCAUUUUA